AUGGAGCUGGCUCAAUCGAAGGCGGUCAUCUCGACCUACGGAAAACUCGAUGACAUAGCGGUAGGCUCCAACGCUGUCGAUAUCGGGUCGUUCUCUAACGCUAGCAUCGGUCGAGCUUUGAGAGUUGACGGUGGAUACGUAAUAGAGAACCCAGGCGGACCCUUAGGUGCUAGCAGAACACCGUCCGGUCUUUUGCAAUACACGUACCCUGAGAGUCGGCCAGACUUCGGUAUCGUCAGCUCUGUCAAUGCAGGUUUCUAUAACGCAUCCACGAACACCCCCAACACUGUCGCCUUCACUUGCGCUACUGGUAACUGUACCUGGCCAGCCUUCGUUUCGGCUGCUGUGUGCAGCUCUUGCAAGGAUGUCUCUGAUACGCUCGUUUUCAAUGGGUCGCAAGGAUCGAAUGGGUCGACUAUACCGGGCGCCACAAAUGUUCAUUUUGAAGGACCGUACCCCGUUUUCUCCCUACCAGAGACUGAGAUCAAGAACUUCAACGGCUUGUCGAAAGUAGACGACAACGAUUGGUAUAAGUAUACUAGCGGCGGUGGAACAGGGACUCCCCUAACCUUUAUGACGGUAAAGACUGGGUCUACUGCGCGCCAAACUCUGAAACAUUCUGAUUUGCAAACUCUGAUGAUGAGCUUCAAAAUAAUCAAAGCUGCUGAUGACUGGGUCAAAUCGAAAGUACCAUGGGAGUCGUCACAUCCUGUCGCAACAGAAUGCGCGUUGUAUUUCUGCUCGAACAUCUAUCAAGCCAGUAGUAAGAACGGUCUAGUCCAAGAGAACGUCAUCGGGUCUUGGGCUGUGCGAGACCCUGACUCACACAAGAUAUAUGAAUCCAUCGGAUCUCUGGAUGCGGAAGACGAAAAGUACAUUGAUAGCACCGGGUACGACCUAUACAAUCCUACCAUAGAUUUCCCGCGACACGACCUUCGGCUUCUCAUCCCUCCCCAACAGGCAGGCGGCUUCUCUCCAAUGGCGGCACAAGAGGUCAACAUAUCUCACGCGCUUCUCCGAAGUACUAUCGACUAUCUCCACGUCUUCACGAGCUAUGCUGCAAAGUUCAAUGGCGACCCACCACCCUCUGUGAUCGCCUUUCCAGAUAGAGCCGCACCGGCUUUCGUUGACGCGUUAUGA